AUGGCCUUCGGUGCACUUCUUGCUGUGCUGGUACUGAUCCACAACACUGGAGGUUUCCUUGGGGCCGAGGUGAGGAGCUCCAUCAUCGGGGGGCAGGAUGCUCAGGAGAACGACUGGCCGUGGAUGGCCCACCUGAACAUAUCUAAUGGUGACAAGAGGUGGCGCUGCGGCGGCACCAUCGUCGCCCCUAAGUGGGUGCUGACUGCUGCAAGCUGCUUGGACACAAAUCCGAAGCCUAACCGGGAGAGAUCAAUGAUUUGGGUGGGCUCACACAAACUGCGAGAGCCGUCCGCUGAUUACAUGGGCGUGAAGAGAUUCAUCAUCCACCCCGACUACCGGUCCUUCAGCGGUGGCUACGUGAACGACCUCGCUAUGAUACAGCUGAAGAACCCGGUGACAAUGUCAAACAAGGUCAAGGCAGUGAGUCUGCCCCGCACUGACGCCACCUUCUCUUCAUCGUCCCAGUGUUGGAUCACCGGCUGGGGGGAGAUUAAGAGAGAUACUCCACUGCCGAUUCCAGAAACCCUUCAGCAGCUGAAGAUUUCCAUCAGUGAAUGUAAGGCCAAGAGACCUGAGCUGACUGAUGGCAUGCUGUGUGCAGGGGGCGUGGAUGGAAAGGACGCCUGCAAAGGGGACUAUGGCGGCCCGCUGGUGUGUCUUGCAGGCAGCGACUACGUGCAGGUGGGCAUCAUGAGUCACGGCGAUUGUGGUCUCCGAGGCCACCCUGGCGUCUACACCCAAGUGUCCAAGUUUGUGAGCUACAUCGACCACCACAUCAAGUAUGGCGGGGAAGCCUCCGACUGAGAUGUAAACUUCCAAGAAGCUGAAGACCCGCUUUACUCUUUUAUCGCUUCUCCCCUGAGUUGUACUCUGUCCCCAUUGUACCUUUAUUACAGUUAACAUGCACUCUGGUUUCUUUAUCUUUGCAUUAAAGCUUUAAAGCAUCAAUUAUAGUGUCACGACUGAGAAUUAUUUUUGAU